AUGUCUGUCUUUGGCGGCUCCGCGCGCGAUCUGCUGCCCGACCUCGACUACUCCGAAUACCUCGACAGCUCCCCCUCGCUCUCCAGCUGGGUCCGCGAUGCCCUCGACCAGGCCGUCCGUCGCUACACCAGCGUCCUGACUGCCCAGCCCUUCGACGUCGCCAAAACCAUCCUGCAGGCCUAUGUCGCCCCCGACGAUUCUUCCUCUUCCGAUGGCCAAUAUGCCAUGGACGAGCGCCGCGCAUCGGGCUAUAACAGUCAGGUCGACCCCUACGACGAAGAUGACGCCCUAUCCUCGGACGAUGAGAGCAGCUACUUCACAUCCGCAGCUCCCGCUGUGCCGUCGCCGUCCAGUCCGCGAUCUCGCAAGCAGCAUCGACGCCGCCAUAUCACCGACCGGAGCGGCUACAUUCCCGCCCCGGCCUCGUCCCGAUAUGCCCUGAGCAUCAAGAACCCCACCUCCCUGAUGGACGUGCUCUCCCAGCUCUGGAGCACCAGCGGGCCGACCUCGCCGUGGAAGGCGACCAAUGCGACCUUCAUCUACUCCCUGCUGCUGCCGACCCUGAACACCUUCAUCCGCAGCCUUCUGUCCGCCAUCGUGGGCCUCCCGGAGGAGGAUGUCACGGCCUCCAUGAUGGCGGACAUCCUCACCUCGAGCUCUCCCGCCGCCACCCUGCUCUUGUCGUUCAUCUCCUCGUCGCUGUCGGCCAUGCUCCUCUCCCCCAUCGACACCGCACGCACAUUCCUCAUCCUCACCCCGGCCACUCACGGGCCCCGCUCGCUGCUGCGGGCCAUCCGCCAGAUCCCGACCCCCAACUGCACCAUCCCCCCUCACCUGAUCCCGAUCACCAUCCUCCACUCCAGUCUGCCCAACUUCAUCACCCACACGACGCCCCUGCUCCUCAAAACAUACCUCUCGAUCGACCCUGUCCUGAACCCGUCCACGUGGAGCCUGUUCACCUUCCUCGGGUCCGGCCUGGAGCUGGCGGUCCGCUUCCCGCUGGAGACCGUUCUGCGCCGCGCCCAGAUCGCAACCUUCACAUCCCCCAGCAUCCGGCAACAAUGCAGCGCCCCCGCCCGCUCGGUAUCGUCGCCCACCACCGCGGAGGUACCACCGACGACGGAAGUGGAGACGAUUGUCCCGACCCCCCAGACCUACCGCGGCAUCAUCGGCACGAUGUGGGGCAUUGUCUACGAAGAGGGCGUGCAGGCCGCCCCGGAGGCUGAACGCGCGCGCCAGAUGUUCAAGAAGCCGGUCGGGCACCGGAGGCGGCAGGGCCAGGGCAUCCAAGGGCUGUACCGGGGCUGGCGCAUCGGCAUGUGGGGGAUUGUUGGGAUCUGGGGAGCCAAUCUGCUGGGUAGUGUCAGCGUCAUCGGGGACGACGACACGAUGCCCAGUGGCGGUCAAUUCUAA